AUGCUCAAGCUAAUUUUGCUCUUUAUUUUUAUCAACGGUCUUUAUGCUGUGAUUUGUCCAAUCGGUUAUCAAACACUGAAUAAUAAGUGCAUUAAAGUAGGUUUUGCAAAAUGACUCACUUAAAAAAUAGUUUUUAGUAUUUCUCAACUCCACUAAAAUAUUGGGACGCGUAUAAUAUUUGUAAGCAAAACAAAGGGAAUCUUCUGACAAUCUCAAAUUCAAUUGAUAAUUCUGCAAUCGCAGCAUCGUUUAAAAAUCGAACUGAUACAUUAUGGUUGGGAUUGCAAUGCGAAUCUGAUCGUAAUCCAAGUUCCUGUCAUUGGAAUGAUAAAUACAAUACGAGUGCUGCAAACUACAAUAACUUCAAAAAUGGUUAUCCUCUUAUUGGUGUUGGUAAAUGUGUCAAUAUGUUUACUUCUGGAUCAUUUGCUGGAAAAUGGUUGAGUGAAGAUUGCAAUUCAACAUCACUCAAUUUUAUAUGUGAAUCAAAUAUCAAAGAUAUCGAUUGUCAAUUUGUGAUGGGUGGUGAUUGCUAUAUUCCAUCUAUCAAUCCAAUGAACCAAAAUGACGCUCAAAAAGCGUGUCAAGAACUUGAUGCAAACCUAGUUUCUAUUCAUUCUCCCCAAGAGAAUUAUUUCAUAACCAGUAUGAUUUAUAAUAUAUCUAUUGAUUAUAUUAGAAUUGGAGCAGUAAUGAAUGACAAUUCGAAAAUUAGUUGGCUAGAUAAUACAACCUUUGAUUAUAACAAUGUUGGAUAUCAAAAUUUGGAUUAUGGAAAAUCAUUCUGUCUAUCUUUAAGAAGACAGACUGUUGAAUCUGGUGAAUGGAUAAGUUGCUAUGAAAAUAGUGCAUUCCCAUUUGUUUGUAAGCGACCUUUGAAUAAUCAAACAAUUGUGAUUGAUGAUUGUACUCUUCCGCAUUUUUACAACGGAACUGGUGGUUUUGUAUCACCAAACUAUCCGCAUUCAUAUGUUGGAACACCAAAACAACAAUGUCAAUAUUUCAUCCAUUCUGGACAUAUAUUUUCGAAAGCAGCAAUUCGUUUUCCAAUUAUCACUUUAGAUGACGUAUGUUCUAGAUAAUUAGGGUUGAAAUAUUUAUGAAAACAAAUUCCAGAAAGCAUCUAUAUCAUUGUUCAACAAUUUUAAUGAUCAAGUUCCAUUUCAAGUACUGACUUCAACAAAUAGCUCAAAUUCGUGGUUCAAAUCAGCAACCAAUUCGAUGAAAGUCAUAUUUAAUCCAUGUUUAGAAAAUUGUGAUACUGUUUAUUCUCAUCUGUUUAUUGCAUCUUUCGGAUAUUUUUAA